AUGAAUAUCUCAAAAAUGAAUGAGUUGAAGAGGCAGAUCGAGUAUGUACUGAGAGGAGAUGGUUCAAAAUCGAAAACUGCGAAAGAUAAAAAUAUCAAUGAAUUGGUCAUUCUUUACGACAAAUUUGAUCAUCAUGUUAUCGAGAAGGAGUAUGUUAACGCAUAUGGAGGAUUAUUCGAGCUGACGAAGCAUAUUUUCAAAUUAGCCAGAAAAGAAUUCGAGGAAAAUCAAGAAAAAUGGGACCAACUUUCGGAACACGAAAAAACUCAGAAAAAAGAAGGGCAGAACAAGAAAUUAAAAAUCCGUUAUCCCUUAUUCGAAUUAUGGGUCCGGCAUUUGAAAACGUGCCGCCGUACGCAUAUGGAUUAUAACACAGUUCCAUGGAUUUCAUACUGUUUGACUCUUUUAAAGUUCAAAUGGAUUCAAAAAGACGAAGGAAUGGAAAUUGAGAUAUCGAAUCUUCUUAUGUUAUGUUCGAUGGCAUCUUCAAUCCAAUGGGCGGAGCAUUCACAUCUGAAAGCAUUAUGGGACUUCAUGUGGUAUCGAGUGGAAGAUUCAAAAUUAGAAGAAAAUAUUUUGAAGAACUAUGUAGAAAUGGCUGUGGAGAUGAUGAAAAAUGUUGAUUUUGUGGUUUACGAAGAAUCGGCGAUCGGAGUGGUCAGAAGAGUAAUUGUCACGUUAAAGAAUGCGAUGAAAGGAAUCGACCAGAAAAAAGAGUGA